AUGAGACUCUUGCUUCUGGUAGCAGUCAACCUACACACCGUGCUAGUUUCCUCGAGAAAACACGAUUCAGACUCAGAUGAGAGCAUCGAAAACCUUCUGUACUAUAAAGACUGCAACCACAAACCAAAGGAAUCCUCUCCAGCGCCAAACCUGAGAUCAGAAAUACAGCCGACACCAGUCAGGAAGCCAGACCCAUGUCCGUUCCCGAAGAUGUGCUGCAGCAUGAGCUGUGGAGACGACUGCGGCAGCCAGCAGUCGUAUCUCAGUCGCCAGAUGGAGCCACUACAGCAGAAUUUGCAGCCGAUACAACCCAUCUCCAGACAGUCCUCACUCCCAGCCCAACCACAAAUAAUGAGGGGUAGAAAGAAGAAGAUCAAACCCACGAUGGAAGAAAUGGGCUUGCAACUGCCCUUCGGAGCAAGAAAGAGUCUAGGGUUCACGAAAGAGAAGAUCAAAAGCCUGAUAUCACAGGACGCAGAUAUUAGGAAGAUCUUGAAAGACCUGGUUAGAGUGACUAUGCAGAAGGUCGAUCUGUUGGAGAUGGUCAAAGCCCGGAGGAGCAAUGCUGGGAGGAACUCGGAGACUUCAUUGAAUAGUGAUGAUUAUGAUAGUUAUAGGCAGGUACAAUAA